AUGCGAGCAAACGAGUGGUCAUUUACCGUGCGGAAGGUUCAGUCUGCCUUGAACCACCAACCGGCCAGUCACCUCAAGCUGUACUCCGAAACGCGUCGUGACGUUGCCGAGGAUCUCUUCGAGCAACUUGCCUAUGGAAACUGUGGGUUCCACGUGGAAGCUCUCAAGGAGAUCCGAGACAAUGCUGGCCGCUUCGAGGUUGGUGUGCAGUGGCUGGAUAAGGCUGGGUCAUCCUGGGAGCCGGCAAUUUCCUUGUACGAAGACAUUCCCAUGCUUUUUUUACGAUGGGCUAAAGCCAACGCGAAGAUGGAACUGAUCUCGUCGUUGGUCGCCGACGUGGAGCAAGUGGUGGGGCAUCUUUUCUAG